UAGUUGGCAAUCAAGUGUCGACUUUGCAAUAUCGCUUGUGAUAUUUCUCUUACUCUCUCUCUCAUACUCAAUCUCCGUGCGUUUGUGAUAAUUCCUUGAAAUCGUAGAAACGUAAAGAAAAGAAAAUUUUGAAAUUCAAACGAUUUUUUUUUCACUACGAUUUUGAAACCCUCCAGUUAAAGUUGAAAAAUACUCCGUGAAAAAAGUGUUAUUUUUUAAAGAGAAAAAGUUGACUCAUUUGUAUUUAUAAAACAAAUAUCAACAACCAACAAAUAAAUAAUAAAAAAGGUAACAAAAGCUUAAACAAAGACUGAAAAGAGCAAAUAAAAAGGAAAAAAUAAAAAAAAAAAAUUCUAAGGAAAUUCUUGUUUUAAAGGAUUUUACAACACAAACAAAACAAAAGCUACAAAUUGAUCUCAUCAAACUACUAAACUUUUAAGCAAUAUUUUUAUUUUUUCGACAAAAUAAAUCAACAACAAAAAGCUCUUAACGUGAUAAUAAUUAUUAGAGUUACAUAUAUAGAAUAAUUAUAUAGUUAAAUAUAAAAGCUGUUUAAACAAAAGCUCUAAGCACACAAAGUGAUUUAAAGCUCUACUAGCUUUCAAAGCUUUCCCUCUCUCUUGUAUAAUGUUUAGUAGUCUUGCAUCGUUUCUCUUUGGAUCGAAUACGAAUUGUGAAACGAAUAGUGAAACGACUGCUGCAACUGCAACUGGAGUAAUACUUGACGAACGCGACUCGAACGUAGUAGAUGCUGAUAAUCUGAUAGAAGUAACAUCACUGACACCAUCGGUAACGGGUGCUGGUGGUCAGGGACAACAACGUGCCAUUAUUAAACGUGGCAAGAAUAAACGCAACAACGCUCGUCAACAGAAUAAACGUAAAGGAAUUAAAAACGGCAAGCCGAUAUCGCCACUAACCUCUAAGCAAACGAAACUACUAACCCCCAGUGAUAGUUGUGACGAAGUUGAAUUCGACGAAGACGAAUGGUUUAUUGUUGAGAAAGAAGACGAGGAGGAAGACGAUUCCCCAUCUCGCACUGAUUCCGAGGGGGAAAACGUUCCUGUGAUCGAGGUCGUUAAGACCGCCAAACCAAUAAACGCUAAUGCGGCCGCCAGUUCAUUGGCUCAGCAACGGCGUCUACAACAUAUCAAUUCGCAUUCCCUCUACAGUGGACCACGGCCACAAAAACAACGUAAUUACUUGCAAAAAACCCGCAACAAUCGCUCCAACGGCAACGGUUUAAGUGUCUCAACAUUAAGUCCAUCGCGCACAGUCAACGAUGGCCGCAAUGGCAGCGGUCACGAGAUCCCAGCUGACAACGGUCUUACCCGUUCGCUGUAUGUGGCCGCCAUGUCGCCGGCACAAAGUGACGAGAAAUUGGCAACGACAGCUAACGGUUUAGAGGCGAUCACCAAAAUGGACGAAUCAUGGUUCGUAACGCCACCACCAUGUUUCACCUCCAUUGGACCCAUCAAUAUGGAAACUUCGCCAUAUGAGAACCUAUUGAUUGAGCAUCCAAGCAUGUCGGUUUAUCAUAGUAUUAAAACGGCUCAAGAGGCCGCUGAAAGUUUCAUUAAACUGGAUAUUGGAGUAAAUGACAUGGCUGAGAAACAAAAAACUAAUGAGACCACGCCCAAGAAGAAUCCUCAAACGGUUCAAGCACGUGCUUCGGUUUAUCGUUUGGAUCGUCAAAGUGUGGCCCAAUUGAAACAGGAAUUAAUGGCGCGCAAUGUACAAAAGUUACAAACCAAAAAAGAACGUCGGGACAUUUGCCGCAGCGCCAUUAAGCGUGCCAACAAAGUACGUGACGUCCAGUCCAGAAAUCACACACAGCGUCGUGCUGAUCGCCAACACAGCAAAGUCUUCAGCAAUGCCAACAACAACCGCAAAUCCAACUGCUGUUAAAUUUGUGUGUUUGGCAACUCUGCAGUUUGGUUUUCUUAAAAAAGGGUUUCCCUUAAUUUCUCAAAAAAAAAACAAAACACCAUUUUACUACAAAAACAAAACCAACAACAAACAAUCAUUUAAACAACAGAGAAAACAAGCAAAAAAACAAAAACUUUUAACAAAUUAAUUUAAUUUAUAAAAACCAGAAAAAUAAUUCUAAGAUUUUAAUUGAGAAAAGCCAGAAAAUUUAUAAAAAAAAUUAAAAAAAAUCAUUGAAAAAUUAUAAAAAAAAUAUUUAAAAAAAACUCAUACUUGUUUAGACAAGUAUUUGGAAAUGUAACAAAAAAAAUAAAUAAAAUAAAAAUAAUAAAUACAACAACAAAGUAGUUUUUAAAUGUUCACCUUAAAAUAACAAAUAAUUUUUCAACUUGAAUCAACCAACAAUCUUUUUAAUCUUAGAAUUAUAAUUAAAAUGAUCAUGUCUAAUGAAGAAAAAACUACAAAAAAUAAACCAAAAAAAAACUAUUAAAAAACAAAAAACUCUAUAUAAAAAAUUUGUUUAUAUAAAAAUCGAUCUUUGUAAUGAAUUGAAUACGAAAUUCUCCUGAAUUUAUGACAAUUAUUUUACUUUUUUAAUUUUAUUUUAUUUUACUUUUUUUUAAAUUUAAUUUAUUGUUUAAAACAUUGAAUUAAUUAUGUAUUAUUUUAUAUUAUUAAUUUUUUUAAAAUAAUUUAUUUGUUUUAUUUUUUUUUAUAAUAAUUAUUAUUAUUUUUUAAGUUUAAGCACCUUUUAAUUAACGAGCCAGUUCUCAAAAUGAUUUUUAUUUUUAAUUUUUUUUUUCAAAUUGCAUCUGUAUGGAUUAUGUUUAAACAGAAAUGAAAACAAAACAAAAAAAAAUAUUAAAAAAAACAUGAAGAAAAUUACAAAAAAAAAAAUAAAAAUAUUUUAAUGUUUAAUGCAAAUGAA